GCGCGACAGUGGUGCCUGCUCCGGCUGACGGCGACCCCCGCCUGCUGCUCCUCGGCAGCGCCCCGCCCCGGGAGCCAUGGCCGCCCAGCGCCGCAGGAGCCUCGUGGUUGCACUGGUGGCAACACUACACGUCGCUCUGGUAGCCAGCAGGUCCGUCGGUGAUCCGCAACAGCAGCUACAGCCUCCCCGACUACAGUCUCGAGGAGACUACGGAUGGAGCCCUGAGCCUCACGGAUGGAGCCCUGAGCCUCACGAUGAGCAUCACAUAGAGCAUGGACACGAAGAAGAGAAGCACCACCAUGAACCGAAGGGGUACUGGAAGAAGAAGCUCAUCUGGAAGCCGGAUUGGGUCAAAGUUUGGAAACCGGGCUCCAAGAAGAUUUGGAAACCCGCGUGGAAGAAGUACUACAAACCCAUUUGGAAGCCUAUUCAAGUUCCCGUCUGGAAGGACAUAAAAGUACCCGAUUGGAAGAAGAUAUGGAAGCCAGUUUGGGUUCCGAUUCAAGUCCCAGCAUGGAAAGAAAUACAGGUUCCUGAUUGGAAAAAGGUUUGGAAGCCAGUUUGGGUUCCCACGAAAAUUCCUGCCUGGAAAGAAAUACAAAUUCCUGUCUGGAAGAAAUACUGGAAACCAGUUUGGAAACCUAUAUGGGUUCCUGCAUGGAAAGAUAUUCAAGUGCCCGCCUGGAAACAGAUAUGGGUUCCGAAACUUGUGAAGUUCUUUGUUCCUGGAGAGAAGUCUCAUGGGAAGGACGAGUAUGGUUGGGAAUACACAUCGCAUGGGCUUUGGAAGAAAAAGGUUGUAUGGAAACCACUGUGGAAAAAGAUAUGGAAGCCAGCAAAGAAACAAAUAUGGAUUCCAGAUAAGAAACUUGUGUGGAAAGAAGAAUGGAAACAGGUGUGGAAACCAAGUAAGAAACAGGUGUGGCUUCCCUCGAAAAAACUUGUUUGGAAAGAAGCCUGGAAACAAGUUUCCAAGACGGUGAAGAAACAAAUAUGGAUUCCUUCCAAGAAACUCAUAUGGAAGGAGGCAUGGAAGCAGAUAUGGAGGCCAGACAAGAAGUUAGUUUGGGUGCCUGAUAAGAAGCUGGUGUGGAAGGAAGCGUGGAAGCAGAUCUGGGUGCCAGCAUGGAAGAAGAUCUGGGUGCCAGCGUGGAAGAAGAUCUGGAAGCCAGUGUGGAUCCACGAGUGGCAGAUCAUCCACGACCCUCACCCGCCACCUCACGACUGGAACAGGAGCUCCAGGAACAGCGAGGACGUCGGUGACCCCGGUCUUGGAGCGAGCCAAGGCUCCCAGUCGGUGGCGUUCCCGCAGAGCCAGGCUCCAGACCAGCAGGGUUGGGAGAGCAGGCAGAGCCGGGGAGUCGACGGCAACCCGCAGACACCUGCAGGGCAGUUCGCUCAUCAGCCGCAGCAGACUGAAACUACCGCACAGCAGCAGAGCUGGCAGUUCCCCUCGAGCUGAGUCAAGCACUUCCAAAGACUAUCAGGCGUUACCCUUCGCUACUGCAGUUACGUUAGCUGUAGCCAUAUCUGGUUGCUUUUAAAAAUGAGUAUUUGUUCGUGAAUCAUACAGCUGCUUUGUCGAAAGGACAGGAGACAAUGAUUCCAUAGUUUCAGGUACAGAUAUUCAUUAACUCAGUUAAGUUCACUAAUGUUUUAUAAAUCAAAAUUUUAUUUCAUUAUGAUUUACAAGAAAUUAAAACUUCUGAAAUUGCAGGAAGUAUAACACGAUUUUCCAUAGGUCUCGACUAGUAUUUCUAUUCCUAUACCAGUAUUUUUCAGGGUUUAUCGUAGACGAAUCCUAGUCAGGUCUUCUAUAAUGGAAGAUAUAUAUAUAUAUAUCCCCGAUUCUUUUCCGCGUUCAGUUUGUCGCUUCUCCAGUGUGAGGCUCACUUAACUUCAGUGAUGGCAUACUUAAGAAGCCCUUCAUUCUAAGGGCAUCACGACAGUAGGAGUCAUCUUGCAUGUUGGUGAUCUUUGAAAAUACAAAAGCAUUCACGCAUAACUUUAUUCUUUGCAACAGAGCCGCCAACCUGAGAUUAUCAUGUCCUACAAUGGAACCAUCUUGCGCCGAUUUACUGCCGGAUAUGUUUUUUUUUUUUUUAACCUGCAUUUAAGAUAUUAGUUCCGAUUUUCACUCUUUCAGGUUUAUUGUACGAAAUAAUUCGUUACACAUUGAAGUGCUGUACAAUAGGUACCUAUUUGUCUAACGUGAAUAAUAACUGGCAUUAUAGCGUGGAUCUGAAGCUAGCACUAAUCUUUGUCAUGAUAUGUUUGGAUUUGCGAAGUUACCACGGGGAAAACUCUACUGGGAAUCUACAGAGACUAGAAUUUUUUAUGACAGAUCAAAAAAGAAUUAUUUUUUUGGAGUCCAUGCGAAUGUAAAAUAAAUAAAUAAAUAAUAAUAAUUUCAUCUAGUCUCCACAUCAUACUUUACACACUUUGAUAAUUAUAAUAUCAUCAUUGCUGCCAUUGUCAUUUGUUUUGCUUUUAAUGAAACACCAUAACAAUUAUUUAGGUAGUGUAUUUAGGAAGCGUAGGCGUAUGUUGAUGUAACAGUCUUUGACAUUCAUUUUUUGUUACCAUUUUAAGAUCCAAUACGGGAAGACUAAAUUAAGCAUAAACAACAAAAAUCAUAAUGAAAUUUGUACAGCUUUGAAAUGAGAAAGCUGAUAUUCUGUUCGAAAUUGGUAGCCAAUUUGAAACAGAAAGGGUUUCCUUAAUUUUUUCAAUCAGUUAACCGAAAUGUGUUUUUUCCCCCUACCUUCUAUAUUAGGCCUAAAGAAAUAAAUGAUUCCAUCGACGGUUUUUCUGAAAGUUUGCUUAGGUAAAAAUAGGGAGAGACAUUAUUGUGUUGUUAAUCAUUGUUUACUUGUUAAUAUGUGUAUACUUGCGAGUGUGAUUGAGUGCGAACAUGCGCGUGUAUUAGAAGCUGCCGUGUAUUAAUACCGUCUUGUAAAUACAUAUGUGUUGUUUUUACUGUGUUUUAAAUAAAAAUAUUUUUUAUAAAACCUCUUGUUAAA